AUGGAAGUCGUACAUCCGGACGAGGCGUUAACUUUCCUGCUUACGUCACUGGAUGUAACCGGAUGUUCAUGUCCAGUGUGUUGCUCGGAAAAAAAUGAGGAAAAUUCAGCUCCGGAAUGUAUAGGAUGCAUGUCAGGUUUUUAUCUAAUUCGUUACUACACAAUGAGGGAAAAACCGAUAUGGGAAAUAAAAAAAGUUUUGGAAAAAUUUUGCGUCACUUUAAAUUUUGGAAAAUCAAAUUUUUGUAAAGAUUACAUAAACGAAUUCGGGGAUGUAAUGAUAACGAUUGUUAAAAACACGACAAACACGGCACAAGAAGUUUGCAGUUUCGUUUAUAAUUUAAAAUGUGGUAACGGUGACGUCAACGGUCACAGAUGGCAUUUGAAAAUACCUGGUGGAAAACCACCGAUCGUACAACAUCCGGUUCCGAAGGAAAACACACCGAAAUUAAAAGUUUUACAAAUAACCGACACUCAUUACGAUCCUUUAUAUAAAGAAGGUACCCGCGACGUUUGUGACGAUUGGCUUUGCUGUCGCGUCGAAAGUGGUAAACCUAAGAUAAACGAAAGCGCGGCAGGAAUGUGGGGAGGAUGGAAAUGCGACAUACCGGAAAAAACUCUGGAUAGUUUUUUAAAUCACGUCAAUUCAACGCAAGGACCCUUUGAUUACAUACUUUGGACGGGUGACAUUCCGGCACAUGCAACGUGGAAACAAACGAAAGAAGAAAGCAUAUACAUGUUAAGAUCGACGGUUAAAAAAAUAUUAAAAUAUUUUCCGGAAACUCCAAUUUUUCCAGCAUUGGGAAAUCACGAAGCGAGUCCGCCGAAUUUGUAUCCUUCACCGAUUUUAAAUAUACCGGAAGUUAAUUCUUGGCUAUACGAUGAAUUAGCGAGACAAUGGAGUUUAAUGUUACCCAAAUCAUCAUUGAAAACAGUUAAAUAUGGAGCUUUUUACGUGGCACCAGUACGUCCCAAUCUAAAAAUAAUAUCACUCAACACGAAUUUUUGCUACUCGUCAAACUGGUGGCUUAUUUUAAACAGCACCGAUCCUGGAGACAUGUUAAAAUGGUUUAUUAACGAAUUAAAGGAAGCAGAAGACAAAAAUAUAAAAGUUCACGUCAUCGGUCACAUACCUCCCGGUUACAUCGAUUGUUUGAAAAUUUGGGGUAAAAAUUUUUACGAUAUAAUAAGCAGGUUCGAAAACACGGUGACUGCUCAAUUUUACGGUCACACUCAUUGGGACGAAAUUGAAAUUUAUUACGACAGCGAAACAUCGAAAAGGCCGAUUUCCGUCGGUUACGUGGGUCCAUCACUCACGACUUUUGCUUACGGUAAUCCAGGGUAUAGAAUAUACACAAUCGACGGAGAUCACAACGAAACAUUUUACGACGUAGUCGAUUACGAAUGUUGGAUAAUGAAUUUAAAAAAAUCAAAUAUUCAAAGGAAACCGAUUUGGGAAAAACUUUACGCGGCAAAAUCCGAUUACGAAUUAAAUUCACUACUUCCGGUCGAUUGGAAUAAAUUUUACGAAAGGCUUAAAACGGAUGAUGACCUCAUGGAAAUUUACGACAGACACUACACGAAAGAUUAUCCCUACAAACCGAAAUGCGAUCACGAAUGCAAACGUGGACAUUUGUUCGAUAUACGUUCGGGAGUUCAAUACGGUCCACCUCAAAUAUAA